GCAGGUACUUGUUACAAAGUGUAAACACUUGGUAGAACAAAGACUGCUUAAAUCGCGCAGAAAGAAAAAGUCAAAAGAUGACGAACGCCAUUUUGAAAAUAACAAUUCUUUUUGCCUUCGUUCUGGUAGCCCGGGCAGAGAAUGCUAAAGGCAGUGAGUUUUAUCAACGUUUUAUGACAAAAAGAGCCGCUCCAGCACCGGCCGGAGGAAAAGGUAAACAAAACUUCGUAUUUCAAUCACCAAACGGUCUUGCACGUGGCAAUGGAUAUGGCGGUUUCGGAUAUGGUGGUGUAGGCCCCUGGGGUUACGGGCAUGGAUAUGGAAACUUGGGACACAUCCAUCCAGUUCCGGUGACCGGUGUCAAAGCUCUAUCGGUGGCCUAUGAUCCGGUCUCCGGUGUCCCUUAUGUAUGCGACCCCAACAAGAAAGCCGACGCGGCAAAGGGAGGUGCUGCAACACCUGCACCUGCUGCACCAGCAACUGGAAAGAGGAGUGAAGUUGAAAAAGACGAGGAAAAGAAGGAUGAAAUCAAAGUUAAAAUCCCAGACUACCCUCCCUGCCCUGACCCUAAGAAGAGCUUCCCGUGGAGUUGCAUAUUGGGCGACAAAAGUUCUAAGAGAGAGGAAUGUGCGAGAGCAAAGAAGGCCGUCAAAGACGCAACCAAACGCUACUGGCCUGCAAUGGCUGGAUUUUAUCCCCCGUACUUUGGUGGUUAUGGUUAUCCCGGUUUUGGUGGCUAUGGAGCACCAUUUGUAGUGCCACUGGGGUAUGGUGGCUAUGGCCGCUUCUUGGGUUAAAACUUUAAUAAG